GUAGCCAGCGGCGGCGGCGGCGGGCGGAGCGCAAUAGCGAUGGACUCUCCAGUUCGUCCUCCUGUCUCCCGCCCAAGGACUCGAGGCCGCCCGCCGCCGCCGCCGGAGGCACUGCCCACUGUCGGCUUAGAAGAGGAGCUGUACGAUUGCCUAGACUACCACUAUCUGCGUGACUUCCCGGCCUCCGGGGCUGGACACAGCAAGGGCCGGACGCGGCGCGAACAGCAGCUACGCACCAACUACACAGUGCCCGGCGGCCACGAGCGCAAGGUGGCACAGAUACUGCUCAACGGGCAACGCAAGCGGCGCCAGCGCCAGAUGCAACCGCGGCCACGCACACGCCUCGCAUGAACGGGAACCUGAGACAGGAGGAUCUUGAGUUGGAGCCCAGCCUGGACAAUAUUGUGAGUUUCAGAAUCCCGUGGGACUGGAGUGAUACCUCAUCUCAAGAGGAGAGAAGACAAGUAACUUCUAGUGCUCUUCCGAAGACUUGGGAGAAUCAUUGAUUUUUGUUUCUGUCUUAUUUCCUACAGGAAACCUGGAAGACCUGCUAAAAGUAUUUUCCAACUCUAACUGAGGUCCUCCGUGUUGGUCAACUGGACUUUUUGACAGUGUUUUAAGUUUACUGCUCUAGUCUUUUUUUCCUCACUAAUUAAUUAUUAAAUAAGUAGUUUCCUAGUGGGUAUACCUUUUUAGGGUUUUCAAUUAAAAGAGGAACAGCAAGAAUGUAA